AGUCUUUUAGUACUUCCGCUCUCAAUUAUGCAUCUGCAUUCUCAAUUCUCAUUUUUACAAAAAUUGUGACUAGUUUGGAAUAUAUUUUAAGAAGCGAUAUGUUUGCUUUGGAUCUUUAAAAUCGACCCUCUCUCCUCCACUAAUUACCCAAAAAAAACCUUCAUCAAAACCGAACCAAACCACCGUUGCGCUCACCCACACGCACACAGACCCAUUACGUGACUUCAGCUUGAUACUCUCUCUCUCUCUCUCUCUCUCUCUCUCUUACUUUGUGUGUGAUUUUGGGCUGUUGAAUUGAAAGGGGGGUGGAUUUUGGAUAACCAAGCCCUAAACACUCUUCGUCUUCACCCAACCUGCUGUUCCGCUGUCUCCUCCCCUGAUUUCAGAAACUUCUAAAUUAGAUUCCAUUUUUUCGCGCUUUACCCAUAUAUUAACGCCCUUUCUUGUUUUCCCCUUGUUUUUCUUUCUUUCUUUUCUCUGCGUCUUUCGUAGGGUCCGAUUUUUGUGUUUGCAGGUAAAAGAAACAAGAAGAAGAAGAUCAAAGCCCACCUGCCCAAUGGGGUCUUCCUCCAAACGAAAAUCUUCCAAAAGGAAAAGCUCCAAACUUUCCUCUCAGGCUCAGCGGAAGAAGAGAAGUAGAAGAACUAAAUUGAAGAAACUGCGCCGUCGUGAUGAUUCUUCUUCCGACUCUGGUGACGAUUCGAGAAAUUCAGUCUCCAUCUCGUCUUCUAGCUCCAAGGAUGAGUACAGGAGGGCUCGUUCCCGUACAAGAAGUGAAGUGAAGGGUAGUGGUAGGAAAAGGACUCGAACAAGUUCUUCUAGCCCAGAGAGUAGCGAGGAAAAUUCUCGUCAUGUGAAAAAGAGGAAGGGGUUAAAGAAAAGUGCCAAAUCUGACUCAAAGAAGAAAUCCCGAAAGAAGAAGCGUAAGAGAGAACCUUGUAUUAGUUCCAUUAGCAGUGAUUCGCGGAGCUUCUCUACUAGUCGAGGUGGGAGUAGCACUAGCGGAGAUAGUGAAUUUGAAAGGCCUAGGGCCAGGUCUAGAGGAGAGAGCAAAGAAAAGAGAAACUUGGGUAAGGCAAAAAGCGGAACUAAGAGCAAUAAAAAUAUGUCCAUGAGUUGUUCUCCCAGCAGUAGGUAUAGUGACGGUGUUGAUCAUAAUAGCAAGGAUAUAGUGCCUGUUGAGAACAAUGUGAGGCGCUUGAGAUCAGUUAUUACUGUUGCGAAAUCAUCAGAGCGUGAGGAAGAAGAAAAGGAUGGCCAUAAAGAAGAGAUUGCAUAUGAUCAUGAUGACUACCCAUCUUGUAGAAGCAAUGAUAGUAAUGAAGGGGGUAGCAAGAGGGAGAUAGCUUCUCUUGAUCUUGAAAGUAAGAGGGUGGAAAAUGUGAAGGGGGGAGAAGCGUUAGUUUCUGACAUUCGGGAGGCUAAGAGCCAAAGAAGUGUUAUCCAAGAUUCUCAAAGUAAUUCUCUUUCUGAUGCUGCUGGAACAAAAAAUUACAGUGAGGAAACUAAGGUAGAAGAUUUUCCUACUAUAUCUGGUGCAAGUGGUGAUGAUUUGGAGUCGGUAUUAAGGCUAAAGGCAUUGGAAAAUCUGAAGAAGUAUCGCGGGGUGAGGCUUCAAACAAAUGCAAAGCCUCCUGCUGAUGAGAAAACCAAGAGUGACAGUGAAGUGAAAAGGUUAUCCACUGCAAAGGCUGAGUUUGUUCGAGACGGUUCGUUGAAUUUGGAGGAUCCUAGAGUCGUAGGUGCAACAAGACUACUUGGUCAUAAUCCUAGGUCAAAAAUGGGAAGAGAUUCCUCUUUUUCUAUCACAAGUCAUGGGAAGGGUCAAGAGGGAAAAGGCAUCGUCACUGAACGUGGAAGUGCUAGACAUAGUGUCAUUUGUCCGCCAAAUAAGGUGGCUAUUUCUGGUAAUUCCAAAAAAGAGGAGCCUUCUCCUGUGGGCGAAUCUGAGUUGGGUAAAUCAGGAUUGAGACAAGAAGCUUCAGACACUGUCCUUAAUCAGACACCAAAGGCAAACAUAUUGGUGACUGAAAAUGAUGUGGAGAAGAGUUCAGUCGAAACAUCUAAAACUGUGGGUCAGACAGGUUGUAUUCAAGAUGGAGUUAACAAUGUGGGCGAAUCUUCUACUUGUCAGCCUUCCUCUUCCCUUAAACCCACUUUGGAAGAACAAAUACCGAAAGAUCAGCAAGGCGGACAAUUCGAGCAGAAGACGAUGUCUGUAAUGAGAGGUGGUGAAAUGGUAGAGGUGAGCUACAAGGUUUAUAUCCCCAAGAAAGCUCCUGCUUUGGCUAGAAGGCAUCUCCGGCGGUGAUCUCCUAUUUAUGCUUCUGGUGCUAAGAGGAUGCAUGUGGAAAGGUUCCGCAUCACAGGACAGGCUGGCAGUGAUUGACUCCGAAAGAAAGAUGCACAUAUUGAUUAAACUGGAGGGUUGGAGUCUUUAAAGUGAUGAGUUAUCGACCUUAAAUAGAUCUCACCAGAAUGCUUCAUAAACGAGCAACCUCUGAAUUAUUUCAAUGGGUUUUGUGAGUAUUAUCAAAAAGUGGACACAUAAAUUUUGUUCAAUAAGACAACUAUGUUGUCACGGAGUUCAUCCUGGAACCAUUAUGUUCAUAUGUGAUAUGACCUUCCAUGGAAGUUCCAUCGCUGCAAACAAGUUUGAAAUGUGUUCCUUGUCAUGAUGGUACAUUUUCUCUUAGAGAUUAGUGGGUAUGUCUUUAGUUGUUUUGCUAUGCCUGUUCUUAUUUUCAUUGAAACAAGAUAGAGAUGUAAUUGACAGCUGCAACUUCAACUCGAAGUGCUGAGUGCAUCAAAGCUUUUGUCAUGUACCAGAAUUCGGCAUACUGUUUCUCGUUAUGUUAUUAAAAUUCAAUUUAAGAUAUCAAA